AUGCCGUCCUCUUUAAGCGUGUCUACCAGCUCAGGCACCCGCACGCACCCAAUGUCCAGCCUAGGCAACCAGAUUGGUUCCAAGGUCCGUACUCUCGCAAACAUGGGCCAGCCCAACAUCGAGUUCAUCAUGGACGAUAGCGAUGGGCCACGCCGCAUCAUUCCAAGCUACUCUACCAUGGACACUAUCUCAGGACACGUCGCCAUCACUGCACCAGCUGACACACAUUUCGAGGAAGUCGAUAUCGCAUUCAUCGGCACAAGUCACACUUUUGUUGACAGAGUUACCACUACGCCUUCCAUGACAGGACGCACAGAGGCCAACCAUCGAUUCCUGGCAUUGAGGCAACCGAUCAACGAAUCUGAUUUCCCGUCGCCGAGGAUCUUUGAGGCUGGAAGGACAUACAGAUUCCCAUUCACUUUCAACAUCCCAGCACAGUUGCUUCCCAGAGCAUGCACGCACGAUGUCGUAUCAGAUCACGUUCGCGACACCCACUUGCUGCUUCCACCAAGCUUCGGUGACCCGGAUCUAUCUGGAUUUGGAAGCGUAUUGCUCGACGAUCUUGCUCCCGAGAUGGCGAAAAUAGUAUAUGGGGUGAAAGUCAGAAUCACACAGCGAGGUCUUUCGGACAAUCUCGUUCACAUUCUCGGAGAGCGAUUGAAGAAGGUGCGAGUGAAGCCGGCUUUCGAGGAGCAAGCUCCUUUGAACAUUGAUGGCAUCGACGAAUACAGCCCAAAGCAAGAGAAGACAAUUAAGAAAGGGAUUUUCAAGGGCAAGCUAGGCACACUGACUGCUCAGACUAUGCAGCCAAGACCCUUCAACAUCCCGGGAGCUCGCACAUCUGACAAUAAGCCAAUCACAACAAUAGCUAAGCUUGUUCUGCGCUUCGAUCCAGCCGAGGAAGGCGCAAAGCCACCUGCGCUGAGCUCGUUGCACACCAAGAUCAGGGUCUCAACAUUUUACGCAUCCUCGCCCAGGCAAAACCUGCCCUCCCGAAAGCAUCUGGCAUUCGAUAUGUCACAGGGUGCCUACGCCGAGAGUGUGGCGCUGAAUAGCUUGUGCAUUACCAAGGCUAAAUGGGAAGAGCACACGGCAGCCUCGAACCCCGCACCGGAGUCCCUCGUACGCCGCGACUCUGGCAUCUCCGACUGCUCCACGGCAAGCGGGUCCGCGAAUGCUUUUGCAGCAGGCAUCCUUCUACCGUCAAGUAACUACAAAAGAGGUGUUUUCUACAGCGCACAGAUCCUUGUUCCAGUCACUCUUACUGACAAGAAGAAUUUUAUACCGACAUUCCACUCCUGCCUCAUCUCGCGCACAUACACAUUGUCAUUGCAGUUCGCCCCACAAGGAGGGUCGAACAUCAGCCUCAAGGUCCCUGUUCAGGUUUGCGCCGACGGCAGCGACAGCGGUAUCGAGAAUGCACGAGCACGCAGCGUCGAAGCGGUCAUGUAUCGGGAGGCGGCAGAUGUGUUUACUCCCAGGAGUGUCGUACCGUCUGGUUUUAAUGGGCUGAGGAACAACGCUCAAGCAAGAGACGAGCUGCCACCUGACUAUUCAGCUUUUGCGCCUUCUAGCAGGGCAGCAACAAGAGCAAGGGCUUCGGUCUAA